AUGGCCAAGAACCACCGCCAGGCGUACGCCGUCAAGGCCAAGGCCGGCCACCAGACGGCGGCCGAGUCGUGGGGCACGGGCCGCGCCGUGUCGCGCAUCCCGCGCGUGCCCGGCGGCGGCACGCACCGCGCAGGCCAGGGCGCGUUUGGCAACAUGUGCCGCGGGGGCCACAUGUACUCGCCUACCAAGACCUGGCGCCGCUGGCACCGCAAGAUCAACGUCAACCAGAAGCGGUACGCCGUCGUGUCGGCCAUCGCCGCCUCGGCGCUGCCCGCGCUGGUCAUGGCGCGCGGCCACCGCAUCGACGGCGUGCCCGAGGUGCCGCUGGUGGUGUCGGACGCCGCGGAGAGCAUCACCAAGACCAAGGCGGCUGUGGAGCUGCUGACCAAGGUUGGCGCCAUCGCUGACGUGGACAAGGCCAAGGUGAGGCCAGAGGGGCGGCGGCUGGUGUGCCUUGGGUUUUUUCGGGUUUACACGACACUCAGCGGUGGCCGCAAGGGGCCCCUGGUCAUCUACGGCAACGACAGCGGCAUCAGCCGCGCCUUCCGCAACCUGCCCGGCGUGGAGGUGUGCAGCGUGGAGCGGCUCAACCUGCUGCAGCUGGCGCCCGGCGGCCACCUGGGCCGCUUCUGCAUCUGGACUAAGUCGGCUGUGGAGAAGCUGGACGCCAUCUUUGGCACCACCGAGUCUGCCAGCGCGCAGAAGGCGGGGUACAAGCUGCCGCGCCACAUCAUGGCCAACGGCGACCUGGCGCGCCUCAUCAACAGCGACGAGAUCCAGUCGGUGGUGGGGCCGUUGAAGACCAACAAGGUGCGCAAGCCGCUGAAGAAGAACCCGCUGCGCAACCUGGGCGCGCUGCUCAAGCUCAACCCGUACGCCAAGAAUGCGCGGCGCGGCGAGCUGCUGGCGGCCGCC